AUGGGCAAAACGACUAGCAAGCUCGAUAAACGGCGGUCUCAGAGCAUUUCCUGGAGCUACAAAUUCGGCACGGUUAGCCGCCGGAAGAAGCAUGCCGCCCAGGUCAUCAGCGCGGUGCCACACAUGGACACGGCCGAAUGGUUGCAGCGGCUGGAUUUGCCCGAGUACGGUGAUAAAUUCAAAUCGUAUAACGGCGUGGAGGAGCUGCUAUUUCUAUCCGAGGCGGACGUCAAAAAGCUGGGUAUCCGCAACAACGCGCAUCGAGCCCGCAUCGUCAGCAGUCUGGUUGCGCUACGGGAGAACCUUGUCCAUGAGGCGAACGCGAAGGCAAACCAACGGAAUGCAGCGGCGGCGGCCGGUGACGAGCACGCCACCACCAGGGCACGGAUGCGUCACAGUGUGGCCGUUCCCGAUCGGACUCGGGCUAGGGACAAGGGACUGCUGCCAAGCACGGCCGCCGGCACGGAAACCGAAAGCCACUAUGCCUGCCUGACGCCGGCUGCCCCGAAACAAAGUAAGAGCUGUGGCGAUCUGUUAGAUAUGGAAACGACACCGGACGGUGGCAACGAAGCAGUGGCACUGAAGAAGGCCCUCGAAUGGGAGCUGUCGUUGGAUUCGCGGGACCUCCGGUCGCACGCCUGGUACCAUGGGCCGAUCCCACGCCAGCGGGCCGAAGAGAUUGUCCAGCAGGAGGGGGACUUCCUGGUGCGCGAUUGUGUUUCCCAGCCCGGGAACUACGUCCUGACGUGCAAAACGAAGGGACCCACGCUACACUUCGUCAUCAAUAAGCUGCUGCUGCAACCGGAAACCGUAUACGAGCGAGUCCAGUAUCAGUUCGAAGAUGAUGCCUACGAUACAGUUCCUGACUUGAUUACCUUCUACGUGGGCUCGGGAAAAUCGAUUUCGGCCGCUUCUGGGGCAAGAAUUCAAUGUCCGUGCAACCGAACGUAUCCGCUGUCGUUUUACGCCGGCAAGUGCCCCCAGAAUGUGACCGGCGUGGCGGGCAUCCGGGGGCCGAGCCCGCUCAACUCACCCUCACCCGUGCCAUCAUCGCCUGGGUUUAGGUAUAAUCCCUACACGCAGCAGACGAACUCCUACCGGAGUCCCAUGUCGUCACCGCCGCGUACCAAGCGUGAAACACCGCCACGGUUACCGAGCAAAAAGCAACGCUCCCAGUCCCUCACGCCCAUCCACGGUGCCCAGGGAGUCCAACAACGGUACUGUAGUGCCGACGGUGUAAUAGGGAACAACGGCGGCGGAACGGAGGGAAAACCGGGGACCGGGAAACCAUCACGCCUGGUGGAUGGCGCUGGUGGCGAAAAGUGUAACAGUGCCGACGGAGUCAUCCACGGCGAGCAGGUGGCCAACGGUGGACGUUGUCCGGGGGCGCCGAGCGAUGAGAAGAGUUCCAGUGCGGACGGAGUGGUAAAGUCGCAAACGACUUCCCGAUCCAAUUCGGUCGAUGCCGUCGCACUGAAGGGUAGCAACGCGUCGCUGGCACGGUCGGCGAGCCUCAGAUCUUCGCACGGUAAGCUUUCGGGCUCGCGCGCUUCCAGUAUCAACAAGGAGUCGAGCGAACAUUCGCUUAGCCCUUGCAUCGAGCAGCAACAGUUUGCGGAAAACGACGAGGGGCCACCGAGUCCACCACCGAAACCGAUUCGGGGCGGAGGAAGUGGUGGCGCCGGAACGCUUCAGCGGCGCGACUCUCUCAAGGACUCCGACAGCCACGCGGGACAGGGUGGUCACGGUCGGGGAGCGAUAACGUCGUACCAUCCGUCGGGCUCGGACUCGGGCAAUGGGUCGGGCGAUUCGGCACAGAGCUCCGCCACCGGCGAGGAUCUGGCACUGCCCCAUCGGGCCGGAGGGGUCGUGCUGAAGAAUCCACGCUUCAUCCCGACCUCCCUAUCGUCGGUGACGCUCCGGUCGCACUUGGAGUUCGAUCCGGUCGCGGCGGAGGAAGCAUUGCUGGCGAUGCACGUUCCCACCUUCGAGCAGACGUCCCGGUACGAUCUGGAGAACUUCAACACGCUGCUCCUGCCGUUCUGUGACUGCAAACCACUGGACAGUGGCACGCUCAACACUUUCCGGAUGAUGCUGUGCGAGUCCGGAUCGCGGGUUAUUGCAAAUCACCUGACGCGGGUCGACAUAGGACUAAUACUAGACAAGGACGACAGCCGAAAGGAUGACCCGCUGAACUGCACCGGGCUGGAGCUCAUCACCCUCGAGCAGGGCCGGCAGUACCGGGCGGACCUCAUCGAGCGCACCGAGUGCAUGAAGCUGCUGGUGGCUGUUACCAUUCUCACCUGCCAGAGUGACCUCGAGCGGGCGGAAACGCUCAACAAGUGGAUCCAGGUGGCGGUCGAGACGAAAACUGCGUUGGGCAACCUGUUUGGGUUCAGUGCCAUCAUGCUGGGCCUUUCGAUGCCACAGAUCCAAAAGCUCGAGUCCACCUGGCAUACGCUGCGCCAAAAGUUCACCGACAGUGCUUUCAACUUCGAGGCCAAGUUGCGACCGACGAUGAACAGCAUGAACGACUGCUCCAAUCCGCAGGCUCCCAAUACGACCAUACCGCACAUACUGCCCUACAUACUAGUCAAGGACCGCACGAUCAACGAUGUCUUCGCUACACCCACUUCACCUUGCCCAUCGCUGGUGGCCUCCUGCGUGACGCCCUGGGAAACGAUUACGCAAGAUUUUGGAUUCUCCGUUCUGUUCGCGCACCUUGAUGCGGCCCGCAGUUUCAUCAACAACCUCUCACUGUACAGAAAGAAUGCUCAAACCAUACUGCAGGACACUGGCCGGUUCGACCCGCUGAUGGAGGACGCUUUUAGGACCGAAUUUCAGAUGAAGUUCCUCUGGGGCAGCAAGGGUGCGCUGGUACCGGCCGACGAACGGCACGCCAAAUUCGAGCAUGUGCUCUCCGUGAUGGCGGAGAAGUUCUGCGGCGAUCCAUCGGCAGGCUAG